AUGCUUGCACAAGAUGUCGAAUUCGUGGACCUUCCUCCACCCGAAGCCACUGCUGGGGCCGCUACAACGGACAAUGAAACAUCUUCCUUCAAUUCAAAUCCCGUGCCAACCCCCAGCGAGGCGAGCUCGAUAGGUCCUCCCCAUCAACUCCCUGUUCCCGUUCCCGACGGUGAUCAACCGCCAUUGGUGGAGCCUAUGGCCAUUUGCGGCAUGGCAAUGCGUCUUCCGGGAGGCAUCCGCGAUGCGGAAGGCUUCUGGGAUCUAUUAUACAACAAGCGGAGUGGGAGAUGUCGCGUCCCGAAAGACCGUUAUAACGUCGAGAACUGGUUUGGACCGGGAAAGAUUGGGCACGUCGCCAGUGAGUACGGCUACUUCUUGGAUGAUGUAGACCUGCGAAAUGCGGAUGCUUCUUUUUGGUCGAUGACCAAACAAGAGAUUGAGGCGAUGGACCCUCAGCAGCGACUUUCCCUGGAGGUCACGUAUGAGUGUCUUCAAAACGCUGGACAGCGGCCUGAAGAACUUCGCGGCCGCAAAAUCGGUGUUUAUCUCGGCACCUUUGAGGGAGACUGGCUGGAACUCGAUGGGAGAGAUCCUCAGCACUAUCAUAUGUACCGUCUCACCGGAUAUGGAGAUUAUAUGUCUGCCAAUCGCAUUCACUACGAGUUCGGAUUUAUGGGUCCCAGUGUAACAAUUCGAACCGCCUGCUCCUCUUCUCUCACCGGUCUGUAUGAUGCCUGUCAUGCUAUCUCCGCUGGGGACUGCGACUCCGCCAUCGUGGCAUGUGCAAAUAUUAUCUACUCUCCCCGAACCUCUAUUACCAUGCAAGAACAGGGUGUCAUAUCGCCGAGCGGAUUCUGCAAGACUUUUGAUGCAAAUGCCGACGGAUAUGCACGUGGUGAGGCAGUUUCGGCUGUGUACGUGAAAAAGCUCAGCGAUGCUAUUCGUGAUGGAGAUCCCAUUCGCUCUGUUAUCCGAUCAACAUGCAUCAACGCCGGCGGCAAAGCGUCAACUCUUACAGCCCCAAAUACUGCUGCACACGAGACAUUGAUCCGUCGUGGUCACGAGUUGGCCGGUGUCACGGAUUUCUCCAAGACCGCUAUGAUAGAAUGCCAUGGUACAGGAACAGCGGUCGGCGAUCCCAUCGAGACAGCGGCUGUAGCUAAUGUGUUUGGAGAGCACGGCAUUUAUAUUGGAUCGGUCAAAACCAAUCUGGGACAUAGCGAAGGUGCAUCAGGCUUGUCUAGUAUCAUUAAAAUGACCCUGGCGCUUGAACACAAAAUAAUUCCGCCCAACAUCAACUUCACGACUCCCAACCCCAAGAUUCCAUUUGAACGAUGCAAGCUGAAAGUACCCACAGAGCCACUUCCCUGGCCCAAAGACCGCGCUGAGCUGGUAGGAGUCAACUCCUUCGGUAUAGGUGGGUCAAACGCCCAUGUUCUGUUGGGAUCCGCUGCCUCCUUUGGAAUAGGGUCAGUACAGCAGAAGAUUAUUGCUAGUGAACAAUCUGCAGAGGUUGCAAUGACCGAGCUGACACCACGCUUGUUGCUAUUUUCCGCUAAGCAUCAACAAUCGUUGGAGCGAAUGGUCGCUAACCACCAAGCGUAUUUCCUGUCCCACCCCGAGUCUCUUGAUGAUAUGGCCUAUUCUCUUGCCCUCAAGCGAGAAGAGCUUUCCCAUCGCAGCUUCUGUGUCACAAAUGGCGAAGAUGACUGGGUCCCUUCGAGGACUCACCGCACCAGUGGUAGAGCACCUCCCAUGUUGAUAUUCACCUUCACCGGUCAGGGUGCCCAGUGGGCACAGAUGGGUAAAGCACUUAUCGACCAAGUGCCUCGUUUCCGACGCAGUAUCGAGAAGCUGGAUCAAGUACUUCAAGCUCUUCCAACUCCUCCUCGAUGGAAACUGAUAGAUGAAAUUCGAGCUUCGAAGAAGAAAAGUCGUCUUUCCGAGGCAGAGCUUUCACAGCCCUGCUGUACAGCAAUUCAAAUCGCUCUGGUCGAUAUUUUGGAACAUUACGGAAUCCACCCAGACGCCGUAAUAGGCCACUCCAGUGGUGAGAUUGGUGCCGCUUAUGCCUCUCACGCCAUCAGUGGAGCAGAUGCAAUUCAAAUCGCAUUUUAUCGAGGCUUAGUGAUGUGCAGUUUGAAUCCAGCGGAGCGUCCUGGGGGCAUGGCAGCCGUUGGUCUUGGGGCUGAAGAGCUCACACCUUACUUGCGACCAGGAGUUCGCGUGGGAUGUGAAAAUAGUCCCAACAGUACAACUCUAACAGGCGAUAAAGUAUCAUUAGAGGAGACCAUGAAAGCCAUCAAGGAGGCCAACCCCGACGUCUUUGUCAGAGCACUCCAGGUGGACCGAGCCUAUCACUCGCACCAUAUGGAGACCGUGGCUCCUGAAUAUGUCGAACUUCUCACCAACCAGAGGGUCCAAGCCAUGGAUCCCUCAGUCAAAUUCUUUUCCAGCGUUACUGGCCGUCAAGUGGAUCAAAGCAAAGAGCUCGGCCCCUUGUAUUGGGCCAAAAACCUUGUCUCUCCAGUCCGCUUCUCGACGGCCAUGGAGGAAUUGGUGCAGUCUCUGAUUGGACCUAAGGUCUUCCUGGAAAUUGGACCUCAUUCUGCGCUGGCUGGGCCUAUUCGGCAGAUCCUCCAGCAUCAUAAAUCAACCGAUGAGUAUUUCAACACAUUGACUCGGGGCAGUGACUCCCACAAGGAUCUGCUGAAGGCAGUUGGUGAAAUGUGGCUGCAGAAUAUCCCAGUGAAUCUGACUGCAGUCUUGGGUGAAGGUCGCUUCCUGCCAGACUUGCCUCUCUACCCUUGGCACUAUGAGGAGCCUCUCUGGUGCGAAAGUCGUCUCUCCAAGGAAUGGCGCUUAAGGGAAUUCCCUCAUCAUGACAUCCUCGGAUCAAGGGUCCUCGAAAGCACCGAUCAGAAUCCUAGCUGGCGUAAUAUUCUCCGUCUCGAUGUGGUGCCAUGGAUCAAGGAACACGAAGUAGCCGGUGAAAUUGUCUUCCCGGGUGUUGGUUACAUAUGCAUGGCUGGAGAAGCCAUUCGUCAACUUACUGGAGAGACUGGGUUCACAGCCCGCCGCGUUCACAUCAAGGCUGCGCUGGUCAUGCAUCAGGGUCAAGACGUGGAAGUGAUCACUCAAUUGCAGAGAAUUCCACUUACCAAUGCGGCCGACUCAAAGUGGUACAACUUCACUGUUCAUUCCUAUAAUAAGGGAAUCUGGGUUAAGCACAUCUUUGGCCAAGUGUGCGCAGGGUCAGAUCGAGAGCACCAAGCUCCUUCAUUGGAGUCUUUGCCACGACAGUUGUCGCGGCGUGGGUGGUAUCGUAAGAUGAAAGAAAUGGGACUGGAAUAUGGGUCGCGAUUCAUGGGCCUGACUGACAUGACUGCUCAUCCCAUUGAGCGCAAGACCAUCGCCACUGUGGUUAAUGAUAUUCGUGAGGGAGAGUCCAAAUAUGCGGUACACCCUGUCUCUCUGGACUGUUUGCUUCAAGCCAUUGUUCCUGCAACCUUCAAUGGACUGACAAGACGAUUCCAACAUCUCGGAAUCCCUACCUACAUGGAAGAGAUCUAUGUAUGCCCUCCGCUACAGCCAGAGAUGAUUAUUGAAGCUUGUGCCGACGAGCAACCCACAGCUGCUCUCUCGGGAAGUAUCAUCGCAGUCUCAAAUGGACAUGUUACAAUUGACAUCAGGGGCCUGCAGAUGUCUGCAAUUGGUGAUGCAGCCGAUGCCUCUGGGCAAGAUCCACAUGCCGCGGUUGAAUUGGAGUGGCGUGAAGAUAUCAAUCUCAUCAGUGAUGCUGCCAAACUGAUCCACCCAGCGAAGGACCGAACCGAUCUACACCACUUGCUGGAUAGGUUUGCCUCGGCCUCCAUGAUGGAUACAUCUACCCGCCUUCGAGGGGUUGAGCCAAUCCGAUCGCAUUUGACUCAUUACCAGAAGUGGAUUGAAUCGACCGCAGAUCUAAUAAAGCUCGGCAAAUACCCUGGCCUUCAGCCUGAGGAUGAGAUUGUCGAAGUCUCGGACGCGGAGCGGGUAAACAUCAUCGAGAGUCUGUAUCUUUCUCUCUUGGAAACAGAUGCGGCUGCGACCGCGACAGCCAUCUAUCGAAUCUGGAAAGAGUGUCAGGGCAUCUUCACAGGUGAAACCGAUGAACUUGAGCUCCUUCUAGAGGGUGAGGUUCUCCAUUCGUUGUAUGACUUCAUGCAAAACUCAGAGUACCGGGUGUUCCUCGAGCUUCUCGCACACCGGAAGCCAAACCUCCGGGUUUUGGAGAUCGGUGCCGGCACAGGAGGCACUACUGCGACGGUACUUCCUGCCUUGAAAUCUCUUUAUGGAGAGCGAAUGUACCAUUCAUACACGUAUACCGAUAUUAGUGCCGGAUUUUUCCCACAGGCAAAGAAGCGAUUUGAGAAUUACCCUGGAUUAGAAUUUGCGACGUUGGAUAUUUCGCAGGAUCCGCUUUCACAGGGCUUCGAGGCAGAGUCCUUUGAUUUGAUUAUUGCCUGCAAUGUGCUCCAUGCGACUUCAACUCUUCAGGACACGCUUACGAAUGUCCGCAGGUUGCUCCAUCCUCAGGGUCGGCUCUUCCUUCAAGAAUUAUCGCCAGCCACAAAAUGGAUCAACUAUGUCAUGGGUGUUCUUCCAGGAUGGUGGUUGGGGGAGCAAGACGGCCGAUACCCAGAGCCUUAUAUCGGCAUCGACCAGUGGGACGCCCUGCUUAGCCAGAGCGGCUUCUCGGGCAUUAAUUUGGUGAGCCACGAUGGAUACCUGAACAACAACAUCGUUGCCAGGCCGGCGGCAGACACACAAAGACAAAAGCGAAUCACCCUACUUCACUCGUGUGAAGACAGCGCUUCUGUCACAACUUCAAUAAGCCAACUUCUCUCCUCAGCUGGAUUUGGAAUCGAUCUCUAUGCAAUUGAGAAUGCGAACAUACCAACCCCCACGCAGCAGGAUAUCGUGUCCAUUUUGGAUCUUGACAGGCCAUUCUUCCAUGACCUCCACGAAUCCUUGUUUGAGAACCUGAAGGGUCUGCUUUCACAGCUGCGAGAUACGGACAGCGGAAUUCUUUGGGUUACCAGAGCAAGCCAGGUAGGCUGCAAGGAUCCUAGGUAUGCGAUGGUCAACGGAGUUGCUCGUGUUAUUCGCACCGAGCUGAACAUAGACUUUGCGACACUGGAGCUGGAGGAUUUUGAGCAGGAAACCCUGGCUCUUAUACCGCAGGUGCUGGGAGAGUUCCAGCAACGUAUCUCUGAGCCGAACAUCAACACGACUACAGAGUGGGCCGUUGUGGGACAAAAGCCACUGAUCAGCAGAUACCACUACAUUCAAGUUGCCGAGGAGCUGAAGAACAACGCGGUCGCUGAUAGCUCCACUGUCAAGAAGUUGGAACAGAGCAGGCCCGGUCUUGUUGAUACCUUGUGCUGGAAGAGCAUGCCGAUUUCACAUGCGUUGGAUGAAAAUGACGUUCUGGUUCAAGUCAAAUGUGUUGGGAUGAACUUCAAGGAUGUUCUGAUCAGCACCGGAGUGAUCACAGAGAAAUCCUCGAUUGGCCGGGGACUAGGAUACGAAGGAAGUGGUCUAGUGCUCCAAGUGGGGUCGGCCGUGCACAAGCUUUCAGUGGGAGAUCGAGUUAUUAUGAGCUCAAGUGGAUCUCUCACCACCACACAGCAGCUUGACCAACGCCUAUGUGUUAAAAUGCCGGACUCCAUGACAUACGAAGAGGGUGCUACUAUGUCCGCGGUCUAUUGCACCGCGAUUCACUGCCUCCUAGAUGUUGGUGGAUUGCGCAAGGGACAGUCCGUCUUGAUUCAUUCCGCCAGUGGAGGUGUCGGUAUUGCAGCCAUGUACAUUGCGCAGAUGGUAGGCGCGGAGGUAUAUGCUACAGUCGGGAGUGAGGAGAAAACUCAAUCACUCAUGUCCACUUUCAAUAUUCCGCGCAAUCGUAUAUUCAACUCUCGCACCAGUGAGUUCCUUCCGCGCAUAAUGGAAGAGACGAAUGGUAUGGGAGUGGACGUGGUGCUCAACUCACUUUCGGGUGAGCUUUUGCACGCUUCUUGGAAAUGCACAGCAGAAUUCGGUACUUUCGUCGAGAUUGGACGACGUGAUUUCGUCGGCCAGGGCUUGCUUGACAUGCAACCAUUCGAGCCUAACAGAAGCUUUGUCGGGUUUGAUCUUCUUCUUUUCUCCAACAAGCGACCGAAAAGGAUUGAAAGUAUCAUGACUCGUGCGAUGGACUAUUACCGAGCCGGUUUCAUUCAACCCAUUAAGCCCAUGACAAUGUUUGAUGCUGUUUCCAUUGUUGAUGCCAUUCGCUACAUGCAGCGCGGGCAGCACAUAGGCAAGAUUGUCAUCACAAUGCCAGAAAACAGUACCGAGUUGUCAGCUGAACCACCCCGGCAAGAACUGGCUCUGCGUCAAGAUCGAGCCUACCUAUUUGUCGGUGGACUGGGUGGCUUGGGUCGUUCGAUCGCAACCUGGCUUGUCGAGCAUGGAGCCCGCCAUCUCGUGUUCUUGUCACGAUCGGCGGGUAAUGUUCCUGAUGACGAUCCAUUUGUUCAAGAGCUAGCAGUCCUCGGAUGCACCACUACCAGGAUAUCCGGUGAUGUGUCUAAGCUUGAUGAUGUUCUUCUGGCUAUCCGGGCAUCUGGAAAGCCUGUUGGAGGUGUUCUACAAUCUUCCAUGGUACUUCGGGACAACUCAUUUGUGGAUAUGAAUUGGGAUGAGUGGCUGGGUGCAGUGCAGCCUAAGGUUCUAGGAACAUGGAAUCUGCACAACGCUCUCCUCAGCGAGCAGCCGGAAGAAGCCCUCGACUUCUUCUUCUUAUUCAGCUCAGCCGGCGCAAUGAGUGGCCAAUGGGGACAAGCCAACUACAAUGCUGGCAACACAUUCCUGGACGCUUUUGUAGCCUAUCGCCAUUCUCUGGGGCUUCCUGCUUCCACAGUCAAUAUUGGCGUGAUCCAAGACAUCGGAUACGUUAGCCAGAACCCAGAGAUCCUGGACUCACUACGUUCAACAGCGCAGUACCUCAUGCGUGAGCCUGAGCUGCUUGAGUCAAUCGAGCUCAUGCUCCACAGGUCUUCGCCCGCUGAAUCAGUUGUCGACCACGCUGUAGGCCGGUAUGUUACGCGGUCGCAGAUCGGCAUCGGCAUGCGGUCCACGGUCCCCAUGGACGCCCCGAGCAAUCGAACCAUUUGGAGAAAAGAUCCCCGUAUGCUGGUCUAUAGGAACCUUGAAGUCCAAUCCGGGCCAGUGUCGUCUUCUACCGGGUCCGAUCAAGUUCUCACCCAGUUCCUCCGCGAGAUCGGCUCCAAUAUGACGAUGUUGAAAGCCCCCGAGACGGCUGAACUACUGGCCGGUGAGAUUGGUCGUACUUUGUUUGGAUUCUUGAUGCGGGCGGAUACUGAAGUGGUUGAUCUUGAUGCUCCACUUGCUAGUGUUGGAAUUGACUCGCUCAUCAGCAUCGAGCUACGCAACUGGAUUCGCCGAAAGAUUGGUGUAGAAGUUACUGUGUUGGAGAUUGUGCGGGCAGACAGUGUGAGGGAUUUGGGUGUGCUUGCUCAAAAGAAAUUGGCGGAAAAGUAUGAAGCUCGUAUGUAG